AUGGCCACCUUUUUCUUUGGGAGUGGCUUUCUCUAUGUUUAUGCCGGCCAUGAUGUUAAUCGAUCUGUCCAAGGUGAUAUGUGGCGGAUUGAAUUAGACAGUUUACCUUCUGUCCCGUCUUGGGAGUUAAUCUCGUCCUCCAAAGAUCAAAUCUGUCCUCCUGCUCGUACAAGCCACUCUGCGGUAGUUUCUUCAAACUCCUGGAUCAUCUUCGGUGGAACAGACGGCGUCGACGUUUUCAACGAUCUGUGGGAGUAUCGCUUCCGUGAAAAAAAGUGGCGUCAAGUUUCUGCCAAUGGUUCUGUACCCCCUCCGCGCAAGGAUCACCUGGUUACCCAAGUCAAGGAUCACAUUAAGCAUCCAAUUUGA